UAAAGGAGAACUACAAAUCCCAUGAAGCACCGGGACGAUUUUGAACUGCUGUGACGUCAUUUGGAUGAGCGGGACGCACCUGGCAACUGACUGCGUCUGUUUCUUAACGCAGUAAACCGGAUUAGAGCGCGAAUUAAAGGUGUGAGGAUGGCGUCGGACGAUGUGUCCCAGCUGGCCGACUCCCUGGCCAGGACUCAGGUUGGAGAAGGUGAACUUAGCUAUAAGGGGCAGGGCCUAAAACUGGACAAUGCCCAGACUGCGGAGGAGAUCGUGAAGGCCAUUCGGGAGUUUCAGGGUUUACAGGCAUUGCGCUUGGAAGGGAACACCAUUGGGGUGGAGGCGGCUCAGGCCAUCGCUAAAGCAUUGGAAGACAAGAGCGACUUUCAGUGCUGCUACUGGAGUGACAUGUUCACUGGCCGACUGCGUUCAGAAAUCCCUCCUGCACUGGUUUCCCUGGGAGCAGCUCUGAUGUCAGCGGGGGCUCGGCUGAAGGUUCUGGAUCUGAGUGAUAAUGCGUUCGGUCCUGACGGUGUGAAGGGCAUUGAAAACCUGCUGAAGAGUGCUACCUGUCACACGCUGCAGGAACUGCGCCUCAACAACUGCGGCAUGGGCAUCGGUGGGGGAAAGAUCUUGGCAGCAGCACUAACAGAGUGUCAUAAGAAGUCGAGUAAGCUUGGCGCCCCCCUGAGCCUGAAGGUAUUCAUUGCAGGGAGAAACAGACUGGAGAAUGAUGGAGCCACAGCACUGGCACAGGCCUUUCAGUUAAUAGGAACUCUGGAGGAAAUCCACAUGCCUCAGAACGGCAUCAACCACCCCGGAGUGACAGCCCUGGCCAACGCCGUUCAGCAGAACCCCCAGCUCAGAGUGCUCAACCUCAACGACAACACCUUCACCAAGAAAGGAGCUAUCGCUAUGGCUCAGGCUCUGAAGAAUCUGCGCAGUGUGCAGGUGAUAAACUUCGGGGACUGCCUGGUUCGUUCAGAGGGUGCCGUCGCUAUAGCUGAGGCUCUGAAAGAGGGACUCCCGAUUUUGAAGGAGUUGAAUCUGUCAUUCGGAGAGAUCACAGAGGAGGCAGCGCUGGCUGUGGCAAAAGCAGUCGAGCACAAAGAUCAACUCGAGAAACUCGACCUAAAUGGUAAUUGUUUCGGUGAGGAUGGAUGUCAGAACCUGCGGGACCUGAUGGAGAAUAUAAAUAUGGGAGAUCUGCUGGGGUCUCUGAGUGAUGAUGAAGGAGAGCCAGAAGAUGAUGAUGAUGAAGACGAUGAUGAUGAUGACGAGGAUGAGGAUGAUGAUGAAGAGGAAGAUGUGGAUGAAGAAGAGGAAACUGAGGAAGAGGGAGACGAUGAGCCUAAUAAGAUGUCGACUCCUCCUUCAGCUCCUCGUCCUCCAGACGUCUCGUCCUUCCUGUGUUUUCCAUCUCCAGACAAACUGCUCCGCCUGGGCAAAGAGAGAGCAGAACUCAUCCAGCAGCAGGUGGAUGUGAGCGAUGUAACUAAAUCUGUAGAGGCCUUCCUGAAGAUUUCCUCUGUGUAUAAAGAGGAGGAUCCGGAGGUAAAAGCAGCAGUGCUGGACAGCAUUGACGCUGUUUUGAAGAAGACCUUCUCCCUGCCUUCUGCUCAAACGUUCAGCUUUAUCUCCACAUUACUCGUAAUGCUUGGAUUGUUAAAGAGUGAGGAUAAAGUGAAGCCAGUAGCUGUAGUAGCGGGGCAUUUGCUGUGUUUGGAGCACGCAGUAAAGCAGAGCUAUUUCCCACAAGAGCACAUCGCUGUUCUGCACGCAUUCAUGACCAGACCGAGCAAAUCGAUGGAGUGUUGUGUUGGCGCUCGAGACAGCCUGAGAUCCACACUGCAGAGACUCCAGCCAGAGAGCUAAAACCCACACAUAAUCAACCACAGUCACACACACAUGCUUUAACAUGCACGGCUGAAAGACAUUUGGACUGAUCUGUCUUGUUUGGGCUUUAAUACUGGAUUGAACAGAGCUCAGCUGUGGAGGAUUCUGAGGGAAAAGAAACAAAAGGAAAUGUAUUUGGCAGCGAUUUGUGCAGUGCUUCCUGGUACUGCAUUAUUUACUAAACAUAUGGACUUUUAAAUGUUACACUCGUUCAUCUCUCAUCAUUCAUUUUAAUCAAUAAAUAUGGUCUCAGCAAAAGAAAAGAAAGAUUUA